AUGACUUCAGCAAUCACUAACCUUAGAAGAGCUGGUCCCUCUCGAGUCAUACCCGAGCUUAUGUCACAACAUGAUUUGACAUUGCUUCCUUCCUUCGCUCAAUCCAUCAAGGAGUCUACUGCCGCAGAUCAUCACUAUUAUGGAUUCCCUACAAUUACUUGUCAAACCUAUAACCGAACGCUUUACAACUGCAAAACAAAUGCAAUGGGGAGGGUAUACGUGGAUUGUUCAAAGCCAGAAUUGCCCCUGUUCAAAAGAUACCUGCAGACGAUCCUCGAAGAGUAUGCAGUCAUUCAUGUGCGAGGAACACCAGGAUCUGGGAAGACGAUGCUUUCGGAAGCUUUAUAUCUUCAUCUCCUCGGAAUAGGACCAAAAGUCGUUCUGUUCAGGGAUUGGGCCAGGGGCAAGUCUCCGGUUGACCAUCUAGUGGUUGACUCUGUCGGGCAGGGCUACUGGACUCAAACUUACCGGAUAUUGCACAAUGAUAUUACCUUUAUCAUUGAUCAAGCCCAGGAAACUUACUCAGAUGUCGAUUUCUGGAACCAGGCCAUCAAGCCCUCGAUUGGUCACCCCGAGAGAUCCAAAUACUGCUUGUUCAGCUCGUAUGAAAGCGCGAGCCAUGGCCCCGAGUAUAACGAGAGAAGUCUUCCUACCCAGGCGAGUUUCGAAUACCAAACCCGACAAUCGAGUUAA